UGUGCCUUCCACUAAAGAUUGUGUCACGUGUGUAGGUUAAAGUUACAUACAUAUACCCAUGUAUCCUACAUAUAAAGUUGUGUGGGACAAGAUAAAUCGUGUUAUUACGAAUUAAAAAAUCCAACACAUUAUUACGAUAUCGCUCCGAGAGAGUGAUACCUCAGCGGAGACUGUAGAUUCAUCUUGUAACCUGUAACGCCUGUCAUUAGCUAGCGCUAAUUCUAGCUCGGCGCAUGUCAGUGACGUUGCACCUUUGACAUUGGCAUGAAGCAUGAGAGUAGCUGACAAACUAUACUCUUGUCUGUUUGAAACAAACGUUUAGCGUUUGAAUCUAAUCGAGAUCUCAAACCGACUGUGUCCAUAUCUAGAUGACAGUACAUAUUCGCUUACGGUUGUAACGUUAUGGCUCUUCUAAACCGCCUCGCAAAAUGCAAAUACAUGCAUCUUGCAUGUCAUGCUCUGCGUGUGGAUGCGACGUCGUUUACCCAACACAGUGCAUUCAGCGUAUCAGCGGUGUCCGCUGCCAUACAGAAGAUGACCAGAGUACGUGUUGUGGAUAACAGUCCGCUUGGCAACACCCCUCACCAUCGUGCACCAAGGGUCAUCCAUGUGUACACCAAGAACGGCGUGGGGAAAGUAGGAGACAAAGUUCUGCUUGCCAUUAAAGGACAGAAAAAGAAGGCACUUAUUGUUGGACACAAGAUGCCCGGGGAACGCAUGACGCCACGUUUUGAUUCCAAUAAUGUUGUCCUGAUCGAGGACAAUGGUAAUCCGACCGGGACCAGAAUAAGGGUCCCUGUGCCUACACAUCUUCGUAAACUGGAGGGAGACUACUCCAAAUUGUUGGCAAUUGCUAGCAGAUUUGUAUAGUAAGCAACCAUGCAAACAAUGAUGCUGUCACUUUCAUUCAUUGUUCUUCCUGUUUGUAAUAAGAUUGUAUGCUUCAAUGUCUCUAUAUUCUGGUUAACAAACGCAUUAUCAGUAUGUCUACUUGUUUCAUAUAUUUAAAUUGAAACCUUUUUAUUCAUGUUAAACUGUUCUUUAUUUGGCUUGUUGGUCAGUGCCUUAUUGAGAAAAAACAACCUGCAUGGAUAAUGUUUAUUGGUUUGAGGCACACAAUACAUUUACAACAAACAGGACUUGCAUCUCUUAACUGUGUACAUUCGACCUGGGUUAAGUGUUAAGGCUGUAGGGAAACAAACCUGUGAUUGCCACUGAUUGCAGAACGUCUCAAGCUAAAAAAAAAUAACGAUUGUGUCAAAAUAAUACAAAUGUAUAUUUGAAUUAAUAUUCAGCAAUGGAAAAUCAAAUAGAUAUAGUAGGUUCCCAUUCAGAUGGUAUCUACUGCCAUCUAGUGUUUUAAGUUAUGUUACCAUAAAGUAAUUCGGCUAACGUACGAAAUAAAAUAUUUACAUUUUUGAUAUACUGCUACAAAGUUUGCGGUGACACUAAAGAUUUGUGUAGUGGUGUUCUGAUGUCAUUGGUUUAAAAGACAUGCAGAAGUACAGCCAACAUGUAGCAUUUGAGUCAGCCAAUGCUAAAUGGGUUGGCGACCUCAAAUGUUUCAGUUAAUACUACAUGCUUUGACAUAUUCUAUUUAUAUAAAGAAACAAAUGCAAGCACAGCCUAGUAAACCUGUCUUGGGUUCCAAUUUUGCAUAGUUACAAACUAAGAAGGUACAGGCAAACUGCUAGCAUUGUUAGACCUGAUUUCAAUAACCGUUAUUUGUUAUUUUGCAAGGACAGUUACAUAUGUUGUGAGCAGAUAUGUGAGAAGGCUAGUUUCGAAGCUGGUCACAGCGUAUGGAAGGGCACUGUUGGCUUGCGAAAGGGCCCUCUGCCAGGCUGAGGUAGGUCCUCCUCAACCACACAUGGUUAGGUACAGCAACUGAAAGUUAAACAAAGGAAAAGUGGGAUUGGUGUACAGAAAUGUUUCUCACGUGAAUUCAAAGUGACCCUGAGCAAAGAUGUUACCUCUGUCAAUUGCAUUUCAGCCACUCCUUCGUCGUUCUUAUUUAGCUCCUGGAAAGAUCCUGUGGAAUAUAAUUCAAAUUUUGAGCAUACGUUGAGCAUAACAAAUAAAUUGAGCAAUGACACCAUAGGGUUAAGACUUUAACCUUAAGGUAAAAAAACUAAGUACUCACUAAACUUUGCUUCAAGCUUGACCAAGCAGCAAAUGAAGUUGUCAAAGUCAAUCAUAUCAUUGUCAGCAUACCGCGCCACCAAAACCGUGUUCAGUUUGUUGUUCAGUGUAAAACCUAAACAGAAAUAGUAAAAGGUUAACUUCCUGGGGUUGUUCCGUGAAUACAUCCCCUGUACGUUUCAUUCGUUUUAUCUUGAACAUUACCUGCUGCCUCAACAGCCAUACGCAUCUCAUACGAGUUCAUGGCCCCAGAUUUGUCCAGAUCGAAUUGCCUAAAAAUGAGCUGAUGACAAAAAGGA